AUGCCUGUUCUAGAUCUGGGUGUUCUAGACCCUCUCGACGACGUCUUGAAAACCGUUGGUUUCAUUGGUACAAUCUUGGGCAUUGUCAAUUUUGGCAUGGCCAAUGUACCCAAGAGGCCCAAUCGAGGCGCGACUGUACGCAUCAAGGUCGGGACGUCUGGCAAGCAGGAUGCUCAGCUGGACGGUGGAAUCAACUCUGUCUAUGCUUGGGACAGCGACAAUCUCUACCUAGGCGCCACGGAUGGAGACUACAUCGACUCCGGUGAUGUGGCAGAUUAUGUUAUCGACUCCAUAUCCGGUGGAACACGCGCUGAAUAUGUCGCUGUCUCUGCCGCCAGGAACGCCAUUUGUAUCGCCUGGAUCACCGUUGCCAUGUUCGACGGAACAACCGGUGGAGCGUGGACGGGCGACGUCGGCCACUAUUGUGGCCAAAGUUGGUACCCACAGCACGAGAAAGCAGGCUGGCUCGACGACAAGAAAACUAAGCCAUACAUUCCGAAGUGUACCUGGAUCGACAGAGACCACAGCAAUAAGAUUAAAGGUGCUGCAUUGAAGUUUAGUGUUAGUGGAUACGGAGAUGAUGUGGUCAAAACCGUGAAGAAUGCGAAGGUUUGCAAACUCAGCAUCUUUGGCGCGGACAGUGGACCGAUCUCGAAGAGGCCAGCGAAGCGAGAGACCCCUCGCGAACGCCUUCCAUGGAUGGAGAACACCUUGGUGGUGUCGAACAUCACGCAGCACACUGCCGAGGAGGUGUGCUCGUCGGCCACGUCUUGGGGCCCCGACUUUAUUGGAUCCGACGGCAAGUUCUGCGACAUGGGCGCUAAGGUUCUGAGCCCGCUGUGCUCCACCGAAAAUGUUGCCGGUUGCAUCGACAUCAACAGUGAAAAGAAAACGGCCACGAAGCGCAGUUUCAUCGGAAAGCGCUCCGUCGAUACUCCCCACAGGACGUACGAGGAUAUCAAUAACUGGCAGUAA